AUGCCUUCUUUCACUUCCUCUGUGGAGGACACACUCGAGAGCGGCGACUUGGCGUUCCAGCCGCAGCCGAAGUUAUCCCCUGGUCAUGUGAAUGACUGGAUAAUAAAGGACGACGAUGAGCCUGCCGACGUCCUCCUCAACCCGGAUGAAACAGUCAUCGGUGGUACACUACCUGCCUUGGUCAAGCGGAUGACGCCGCAUGUCGUCACUCCUGAGUUGUCGUUCUCCUCUUCGUUCUUCAUGACCUUCCGCCUGUUCACGACGCCCUUGGACUUGGCUGACUGCCUCGUCAAGCGCUGGGACAUGCAAGUAUGGCACGAUCGGAUGCUUGUGCCAAUCCGACUUAGGAUCCUCAACUUUGUCAAGAACUGGCUCGAGUCCCACUGGCAGGCGGGGACAGAUGCGCCAGCAUUAGUCCACCUUCAGUUUUUUGUUGACCAAGUCCCGGACGGUAUUCUCAAAGCGGCGUCGCGGAAAAUCGGGGAUCUGAUUUCCACUCGACGUUUGAGACCGGAGUCCAUACACAACAAGUACGCCGCGGUCACCAUCUCACAGGCCACCGCACCUCGUAGUCUCGACCGAACAAAGUCGUUCGACCGUAUGCGGUCUGCCACUCCCCUUCCCUUCGGAAAUGGUGCUGCCUCGUACGCUUCUGCUAAUCCUCCCCCCGCACCCAUGGUGGGCAGAAGUCUCUACUCGACUCUCCGUGCAGGCACGUUCUCUGCUAUCAACGUGACGGACUUUGACCCUCUCGAGUUGGCCCGCCAGCUGAGCGUCAUGGAGAACAAGCUAUACAUAGCGAUCCAACCACAGGAACUUCUCCAGCUUGGAAAGUCGGGCGCUCCUCCUGCUGUCAACGUCAAGGCAAUCACAACUCUCAGCACGGCGAUCACCGGCUUGGUGACCGAAAGCGUGCUUAGCGAGUAUGAUAUAAAGAAGCGGACAAACUUGCUGAAGUAUUACAUCAAAGUUGCAGAGAGGGCUCUUGAGCUGAAGAAUUUCAGUCUCCUGUUCUCGAUCUUGGCGGCGCUAACCAGUUCCACCGUUUUGCGGCUGAAUAAGACUUGGGCCGGAUUGAAUUCUAAGUACAGAACGAAGCUUGAAGAGCUUCGUAAGGUCACCGACUACACUCGGAACUACGGUGAAUAUCGAAGCCGACUCCGGGAAACUGAACCGGCCGCUAUUCCCUUCCUUGGUGUCUACCUCACAGAUAUUACAUUCUGCAAUGGCGGAAAUCCUUCCCAUCGUCCAUCUCCAGUUCGAAGCGAUGUGCAGUUGAUCAAUUUCAACAAGUAUCGCAAAUUGGCGCGCAUCGUUUUCGACAUGCAGCGCUUCCAAAAAGCAUAUAACCUUCUGGAAAUCAACGAGGCACAACACUUCUUGCAAUUCGCCCUCCGGGAGUCAAGGACUUCAGGAGAUCAUAAGGAUCUGUACCGACGUAGCUUGUUGAUCGAGCCUCGCGAGAGUAGCGCCGAGCCAGCCUCCGCUGAUACCGUGAAGAGCCGGACCGACAUCUUUGGAUGGGCUGCUCGCUCACUUGGACAGACCAACACGGCAAAUACAGUUGCUGCAUGA